AUGAGCUGCUCGUGCAAUGCCUCGGCGCUGAGGCUUUUUGCGCGUGGCUUAGUACAGGUGCACCGCCUCGAGCCUGGCAUCCAGUUUGCCCUACCCGUCCGAAGCGCUUUCGCCGGCGCCUGGGCCUCGCAGCGCCGCUCUUUACAUGCGUCCCGCGCUCUGCGGGACGCUGGGACUCCUGCACCAGCAACUCCGCCGCCAGAGAAGCAGCCAGCAUCAGCAGAAGAUAGGCAGCCGAGAAUAACGAGGCCGCCGACAGAGCCAGCCAGCCAAAAUCUUCCGGACGAAACCAACCCAGACGAAGAUGGCAUGACGGAAGCUAGGGGCAAAGCGGCCUGGCGAUUCAAGCGGCAAGGAUUCGACUGGAAGGCUUUCAGGUCCAACGACCCUGCGACUCGCUCAACGGUCGAUUUCUCGAAUUUCGACUGGAAACACUGGCAGGGAAAAAAGCACGGCAACCAGCAGCUCGGCAAACUCGUGGACAAUCUGGAGGCGGCUCGGGCCCAAGACCGUGCAGCCGUCGGCAUAUCGCCCCGAGACGGCGACGCAUUUCAGUCCCCAAACCACAGGUGGCGUAAAGCGCCUCUUCCUCCGACCAACCAUGGCCGGUACGACGGCGCGACCGAGGACGGCACCUCGCCACCUCCUAGAAGGGAGGAAUGGAUGAUCCAAAAGGAGGCCAUGAAGGCCAAGUUCCCCGAGGGCUGGAAGCCGCACAAGCGGCUGUCGCCCGACGCGCUGGCGGGCAUCCGGGCGCUCAACGCGCAGUUCCCCGACGUGUACACGACCAAGACGCUGGCGGACAAGUUUGCCGUGUCGCCCGAGGCGAUCCGGCGCAUCCUCAAGAGCCGGUGGGCGCCGUCGUCGCAGGAGGAGGAGGACCGCCAGCAGCGCUGGCACCGCCGCGGCGUCGACGUCUGGGCGCGCAAGGCCGAGCUCGGCAUCAAGCCCCCCAAGCGCUGGCGCGACGAGGGCGUCGCCCGCGAGCCCGCCUACCACGACCGCAAGGCCGAGGCGCGCCGCGACCGCGCCGAGCGCGUCAACCAGGAGCGCGACGAGUACAUGCGCAGCUUCACCAAGGGGCGCGGCGGCGGCGAGGACGAGCGGAGCGCCGGCUCGCCGGAGAGCCGCGGUGGUGAUGGGCAAGACCGGCGACGCGGCGACGGGGAGGACAGGCCGGCGACACAGCGGCCGUGGAUGGGUAGAGGGAGAGUGGAGGGCAGACGGUGA